CCUGGCUAAUGUACCUUAGGAAGGCGCUCAUUGUGGGGGAAAGCCGAGGAAGACACGAUAGAGAAGGAAGGGAGCGGUUCUGUCUCUUUAGGAAUGCAGUUCAGUAACUUCUCGUUAACUCUUCACACACCUUUCUCUUGAUAGUGUGAGUGGUGAUCAAUUGAUUUCAAGACUACCAUGCGCGUUUGCGUAGCGCUUCGUUUAUCUUUUGUUGUUUAUCUCAACUCAGCAUGACCACAUUGGUAUUGACAGGAGCAUAAACCCAUUUCAAACGAAUCAACUUUGCUUGGAGUUAACUUACUCAGACUAACUCGACCGGUUUCAUAAAUAGUUUUCCUCCGGUUUCGUAACUGUGGCUGGUCAGUUGCCUUGUCUUGACGGGAGAUAUGAUGACAGAGGCGUUUCUGCUGACUCGUCUGACAGCCCGGCUAACUCUUUGGAGAGUUACAGAUAGCUGGAGAGCUCUGGGUUCCGGGCCAGCUGCUAAAAGUUCAGGCAGCUAGCGUUUAGAAACGCAAAGAACGUAAAGAAACGAAUUGUAGUGAGGACUACCGUGGGUGCGGUGUCGAGCUUGACAGGAACCUAAGCUGACCAUGGCCGCUGCUGAUCCUUUUCCGCAGACAUUGACGGGCUCAGCAGGUGAGCUCACUGACGUAGCUCUGCACACAGCAUUCUGGAGGAGGAUAUUUCCUCGGAGAGAUUCCAGUGGCACUGGAAAAAUGGCAUCACACGAGAAGACCAUCGGCCAUAGAGGCAUCAACCCAACAGGAGAAACCACAUACAAAAAGACACCAUCCUCGGCCUUGAGGGAUGCCAUCCAACUGGGCAUUGCCCACACGGUGGGCAGCCUGACCCAGAAGCCAGACAGGGAUGUGCUCAUGCAGGACUUUGAGGUGGUGGAAAGCAUCAUCUUCCCUAGGGAAGGCACCAAUCUGACACCUGCUCACCACUACAUGGACUUCCGUUUUAAGACCUAUGCCCCCAUCGCCUUUCGCUACUUCAGGGACAUGUACGGCAUUCGCCCAGAUGACUACAUGUACUCCCUGUGUAACGAGCACUUGAUUGAGUUGUCCAACUCUGGAGCAAGUGGUUCCAUCUUCUACGUCUCCAGUGACGAUGAGUUCAUCAUCAAAACUGUUCAGCACAAGGAGGCAGAGUUCCUGCAGAAACUCUUGCCUGGAUACUUCCUGAACCUGAACCAGAACAAACGGACCCUCCUGCCCAAGUUUUAUGGGCUCUACUGCAUCCAGACGGGGGGUAAGAACAUCCGCCUGGUGGUCAUGAACAACCUGCUGCCCCGUGCCAUCCCCUUGCACCUCAAGUUUGACCUGAAGGGCUCCACUUACAAGCGUCUGGCGUCGACACGGGAGCGUGCCAAAUUGGUGCCAACCUGCAAGGACCUAGACUUCCGCCAGGACCUCCCUGAGGGUCUGCUGCUGGAGCCUGAACACUACAAUGCCCUCUGCAAGACCAUCCAGAGAGACUGCCUGCUGCUUCAGAGCUUCAAGAUCAUGGACUACAGCCUGCUGGUGGGCAUCCACCGGCUGGAGCAGGGUGGGGAGGAGGUGCCCGUGGCGGUGCCCGAGCAGAAAAGGGUGCCGAGCCAGAAGCCGCUCUACUGCACGGCCAUGGAGGCCAUCCAGGGCGAGGCCCAGGGACAGUACGCGGACCAGUGCCAUGACCACAUGGGUGGUAUCCCUGCCAACUCAAAAGGGGAGAGGGUACUGCUCUUCAUUGGUAUCAUUGACAUCUUGCAAUCCUACAGAUUUGUGAAGAUGCUGGAACAUUCCUGGAAGGCUUUUGUCUAUGACGGGGAUACUGUGUCAGUACACAGGCCAGGUUUCUAUGCCGACCGCUUCCAGAGGUUCAUGUGCAGUACAGUCUUUAAGAGGAUCCCACGUGAAUUGAAGACCUCACCCUCUAGGAGGAGUCGUGGGGGGCCUUCGACCCUGCGGCGAGCCAACACAGGCCCGGCCACUGCCCGUCUGCCACUCAUCCAGUCGAACCCUCAGUCCCGCCCUCCAGCCCAACCCCCAGACAGGACCCACACCCAGGAGCCCUCGAGGGCCCCAGCCCAGCCCACAGACAGCAUUGGCGACCCCUCAGGUUCCCUCUCUGCUCCUAGGAAGGAGAGUGACAGAAGCAGUGGCAUGCAGACUGCAUGCCCCGACCUGCUCCUGAGGACACCAGCACAAUCUAACAUCACUAGCACCAUCUGUGCCGCCGCUCCCCUUGCAGAGGAGGAGAGCUUCGCGACUCUCCAGCUCCCUCUCCAAUCACAGGGUGAAGGUGAGCCAAGGGUCAACUGAAGGCGAUCCGUGACUAAAAUGAGGACGCACGUCGUUUGACUCCUGGGUUGUGAAGAAUGAAAGGAUGACGCCAUGAUGUAUCCACCUCUGUCAGGAAACAGGAGCUCCUUUCGCGGUUCCUUUCUCUUUGCCUCGACAUCUAAAGUAGCAUCACCUGCCUGGAGGGUGCUGUUCAAGGAUUAUGUUUGACUGGGACUUAAAGGCUAGCAUGAACUUUGAAACUGGAUUCCAAAUAAUCUGUCAAGCAGAUGGGGAGCAUAUUUGCCAAAAUGAUUAGGGACUACUUUUGGAUUAUUUUCCCUGAAGCCAUAUUGAAAGGUCAGAGCAGGAACCUCGAGAGUUUCUGGUCCAUGACAUGACGAACACAGCCACUAGAGGGCAUAUUUGUUCAUCAGAUUUGUUUUGCCUCUUAUAUUCUUGUUAUUAUGAAAUACUCCUCAUACCCAUUUGUUUGUUUAGAUUGUUUUCUGCUUGUUAAGUUGGAGUUUGACCUUUGAGAGAAUGUUUACUUUUAGAAGUAGAUGCGAAGGACGCAGCAAUUUCACAAAGACAUUUUAAAGAAAUGAGUGAAUCUGAAGUGUCUGCCAACCAAGAAGCCCAUGUCUGUGGUUACACUACCACUGCCACUGCCUCUCUUGCAUGAACAUCAAAUGAGACUGAACAGCUGGUAUGUUACCACUGUCUGCAUCAUGAAGACUGUAUUGUGACAUCCAACGUAAGCUUCCUGUGAGCCUAAGACAAAAGUGAUACUAUAUCCUCAGAAAUCUGUCCUGAUCAGAUCAGACAUUGACACUGCAUAGGACACUGCAGAGGAAUUUGGGAAUCUUUAAUAGACUUGGACAGAGCCAAAUAUAUUGCUUAAUGAAGUCUGUAGGAGAUGAACCCAAGCAGGGCUUUCCUUGUCAUGGACAAGUUUUUGGGGAUUUAUAAGCUAGUCAUUAAAAACGAAUUUAUAAAAAUGUGACAUCAAUGCAA